AAGCUGAAUUUGAAGAUGAAGAUAAUAUAAUUUUACAAACUGUUUUAAUACAAAGGUCAAACACGAUAUUUAAACCUCUGAAUAUACUAUUUGAUCUUAUAUGUCCUCAUCCUGUAUUUUUAUCUCAAGGAAAUAAACCUCAAAUUUGUGUUGAACUUCAAUUAGCUUGGCUUACUUUAGAAGAAUGUAAAAAAAUUCAUAAAGUGUUUGAAGAUUUAGGAGGGUUAAAAAAUAUAAUUGUAGCAGUUGAUAGAACACAUAUUUUUAUGAAAAAUAUUUCAAACAAAGAUCCAGAAGUUUAUUUUACUCGAAAAAAAUGUUAUGCUAUUCAUUGUCAAGGUAUUGUAAAUGACAAAGGGAUUUUUACUAGUUUUGAUAUAGGUUGGCUUGCUUCAGUACAUAAUGCUUGA